UAUCAUAAACUAGUUAAUACGUGGGUGAAACACAGUGCAGAUAAAGAGACCGAGCACUGAGCUACACAACCUCUGAUAUCUGUCUGGAGUGGAGCGGAGCUGGUCUGGACAUCUGUGAUCCUGAACUUACAAUGAAGAUCCUCCUCCUCUUCAUCCUCUACCUGAUCUCAGUGAUAGAAGAGUCCACGAGUCAAGUGACAGCAAAAUCAGGAGGAGGAGUCAGAAUCAAAUGCAAAUAUGAGGAAGGAUAUGAAACAAACAAGAAAUAUUUCUGCAAGAGUGAAGAAACAACAUGCAGUUACCAAAUAAUAACAGAAGCUAAACACACAUGGGUGCAUGAAGACAGAUUUUCUCUGUAUGAUGAUACCAAUGCUAAAGUCUUCUGGGUGGUAAUGAGAAACCUCACUGUGAAGGAUUCUGGAACCUACCAGUGUGGAGUGGAUAUAACAGACAAGGCAAAGGAAGACAUGCACACACCAGUGAAACUGAAGGUAAAGGCAGGAAUUUCAACUUUCACUAUGAUCAGUCUUGUGUCUGUGUUUCUCAUGCUGGUUCUGAAGGGAAUUUCAUACCUCAUUGGGUCUAUCAGAAAGAGAAGCAAGAAGCAAACAUCAUCCAAACGGCAGUCCCUUCAAGACUCCUCACACAACCAGGGGGUUUCACUUUCUGUCUGUGACUAUGAGGAGACUAAAGACACCAGAAGCCAUUCUGACACUGGAGCUUCUACAGUCUACUCUACUGUUGGUCUACCCACCAAGCCCUCUUAUCCCUCACAAACUGUUUAUGCUUUAGCUCAGCCACCAUCAUGCACCCAUGAUAUGGACAUUUACUCCACAGCUCAAUUACCCACAACUCCAUCUGAUUACUCAGUAGGAGGCACAGUUGGUAAGAACAUCUGCUGAAGGACUCACUUAUGCAGCGAUGACGUUCCAUAAGAAAACUUGAUCGUUAUAAACAUUUCAUUACCACGGAGACCUGUAAGAAGGAGGAGGACUCAUGUGACUAUGCUACUGUCAAUCAUGACCUAGGAAGUGGGUCGGUUAGAGCUAUAUGUUUUUAUUGUAAAUUCAUUGUUUAUUUGUUUUAUGAUAGUAAGUGUAUCCCUUACUAUCUCGCCAUCUAUCUAUCUAUCUAUCUAUCUAUCUAUCUAUCUAUCUAUCUAUCUAUCUAUCUAUCUAUCUAUCUAUCUAUC